AAUGCACCGCGGUCUCCCACGCCUGCGUCAUGUGUGCGACAAAGAUCUGUUACUAAACAAGCCAGACACGGAUGUUUUGACAUAGUUUCAUAAUGGAGUUGGACCAGCCAAAAGAAGACUGUGCUCCAGCCCAGCCAGCCCCUGAAACUGCAUCUCAGAAGCCAGGCCAGGCUUUAAAUGUCCCCAAGAAACGACCUCAGGACUCCAAAGACAAAGCACAAACUCAGGGAGAAGUCAAACCGAGACCCAGACCUCGCUACACGGACAAGUCUAGAAAAAAUGCCAAAAACAAGAAGGACAAAGCCGGAGCAUUGGAGAAUGGAGCGCCUGCAGCAGGAGGAGAAGGUGGAGAUGGGGUGCAGGAAGGUGACGGUAAACCUGAUGUGAAGGAAGAGUGGUCACAAGAUACAGCGAAUGGGCAUCCUGAUCUCCCCGGUGUAGAGGGAGAUGCUGCUUCCCAACCGGAGACGACAAACCUCGAGGAAGAGAAGGGGGAAGAGGAGAGUUGGGACACCUUGUUCAAUGAUGAUGGAGACUGUCUGGAUCCACUCUUACUUGAAGAGCUGGCUUUGAAGGAGGGCAAAAAGAAGGGAUCGAUCCAGCAGCCCGAGUUUGAUUAUUACAACACGGACCGGUAUGUCGACGACGACGAGGACGACAUCGAUCUCACAGAGGAUGAACUUGCCAACAUCGUAGAGAUCUAUGACUUCCCCGCCGAGUUCAAGACAGAGGACCUUCUCAAGCUAUUCCAGGAGUACCAACAAAGAGGCUUUGACAUCAAGUGGAUUGAUGACAAACAUGCGCUGGGCCUCUUCUCCAGCCCUUUGGCAGCCGGGGAAGCUCUGCGAACAAGACAUCCUCUCAUGAAGUUGCGACCUCUUUCCAAAUCCUCCUCUGCCAUAAAGGCUGAAGCUCGCAGCUGCUCAGACUACCUCCUGCCAGCCAAAGAGAGACCUCAGACUAGUGCAGUACUGGCUCGCAAGCUUGUGAUGGGUGCGCUCGGUGUAAAGAGCAACCAGACGAAGGAGCAACGAGAUGCAGAGAAGAGGAAACUCCAGGAUGCGAAAGAUCAAAAGCGUCUAGCAGCUAAGCAGAAGGAAGAUGCUUGGGAGGGGAAGUGACGGGACAGAAAACAACCCCCCGUCUGUGGAUUCUCUGUUGUCUUUUUUUUUUCUUUUUUUUUUUAGAUUCCUUGAUUCAGCAAAAUGAGGACUAGUCUGCGUCCUCUCCUGAUCUGUUUUUCUCAACUGGCCACUCCUUCAAACCACCGCACUUCCCAAAAAUGGAUUCCCACAGUUUUCCCUUCUUUCUGCCGCAAACCUUCCCCAACUAUAAUUGAACUUCUCAUCAUCCAUUUCCCUGCAGUGUUACAUCAGAUAAGAGUCCUCCUCCCCCGGUUAACUUUAUGCAUACAUCCUAUGAAACGCAUCUCGUAUUCCAUCCAUGCAGGGAUUGUUGCCUCUAGGCCGCGGCUAACACAACCUCACCAUCCUUUUAUAUUUUCUAAUAAUACUGUAGCAACUUUAUAGUCAAGCAUGGAGUCCAAACAUUUGUAAAGGGUCACAAAUGCUUUGUAAUACUUAUUAUUGAACAGUUAUUUGUUUGUCUUUAUUGUGAAGUUUUUCAUUUUUUAUAGUUGACGAAGUAAAUAUCGAUGAAACCUCCUCGUGGGGGCCGUAAGGCUUUUUGUUAAGGCUCAGCGUUAUCAAAUCCAGUAAUGACAAUACACUCGAUGUAUGAAACACUGCUAAGGCUAGACUUUCAUUUAAUACAUGGAUGAAAUUUAGAUUGAGAUUGAAAAGUGGUCGAUGACGCCAUAUUACGAUGGAUCAGCAGUGUGUGGUAGUUCAAUGGCGUAGUUCAUUCCUCCAGUAUGCCACUACGCAUUCGUCUCUAACUGAUGUAAGUGCAGCUCAAUGAUGGAAUGCAUGUUUCUCUGUUGAGAGUAUGAUUGUUUGAUACCUCCUUGAUGACAGACAGGAAUUAGUAGCGCAUAGAACACAAUCCCACUUAAUCUGUAAGGAAAUCCUUAACGUGGAGUUAGCAUGUCUCCACAGCAAAUGUAUGAUUGCUGUAGUUUGGCUGCAUGUAAUGAUUUAAUGUGGGAUCAUGUUCUACCACUACAUACUCUGUCUGGCCCGAGCAACAACCUCCAGUCUUAAAAUAUGAGGAAGAUCUAAAAACUGCAGUACCUCCAGCGUCCACUUGAGGCUGGCUGCAGAGGCCCCGUAAACCACAUACACACCCAUUCAAAGAAGCUGAUCUUUACAUUACAUUUUGAAAUGUCUAAAGCCUGGUUCAAAAAUCGGGGUGAUGCUUUUAUACGUCGUUAUUUUUGAGGAUAUCUAACGUACGAGAUUUACAGAAUAAGAUUUGACUGACAGGCAGGUGCACUUUAGCUGUUAGGCCUUGCUUCAACUCAUUACCUCUUGCACGAUGACUGAAUGUUUGGUUGAGUCAGCGUUUUCAAUCUGGCGACUGCCAACGUCUGCUUCACUAACCAAUGGGUGAUGUUCAUUGAUUAUGCAAUCUAUGGACUGGCCACAGAGACUAGGCUAACAGUCUAAGGCUAAAUUACUUUUACGUUGUCACAGAGGUACCAAACAAUCGCUCUUUAAGACUCAUAAAAGACGGAGAAGAAACUAUGCUGCACUUUUGAUGUCAUUAAACGUGUUGCAACACCACUGAGGGGUCUGGCUCAUGCCCCCCUCUUGGCGUGCCAUUUGCCGCUUUUUGAUCUAAUGUCACUCUGCAGACAUGAACCAAAAAUAUAACGAUAAAAGCACAUUUCAGCUCACCUCCCAUCAUGGAGAUAUUCAUCUAAUGGUAGCAUGGUACGCUAGGUCAAUGAAUUCAACAACUCUGGGUGUAAUAACAUUCUUCACAUGGCUUUAAAUAACAAAUUUGUGGUCAAUUUUAAUGUCAGUCCUUUUUUUUUUGUCAGUUCUUAGAAUGUAACAAAGCCUUUUACCCGAGAGGAUCAAUGUUUAUUUAAUAAAAGUAAAUGUUCAACUUCAACUCCUGCCUCUUAAUUCAGACUUUAAUAAUCCAGCUUCCUGAAACACAGGACCAGGCUCUGGAAACGCUUGUGACAGCCGCCUCCUCUGAGGCUUCACCCAGCAGCCGACCGCAGAGCAUGUGGCACUGCGUCUCCUUCACCUCCUCAGCCAAUAAUUAAGUCUUAUUCUUGGAGACGUUGGAGAAUGAUGCAAAUUUGUCAUUUUUACUUUGCUGCAAAUUGGUGAACUUUUCAUCAAUGUCAACCAGACGCUGUUUACUUUGGUCUCCCAGCUGUAAGUGGAUAUGUAAACGCAGUAGAACAGAUUGCUGGGUAUGAACGUUUCAAAUGAUGAUCAUUCAUAAUUUAAUUAUAGCAUCCAUAGAAACGUAACUCUGCUUUCCAGAUUCUGUAUGUGCUGUCCAUCAGCGCUGGAGCUAACCCCGUAUGUAACUGUUAAGAUGACUAAGACCGUGCCACGUGGCUAAUUAAAGUGCUGCAGCAUCA